CUCAACAAGAUAGAAUCAUAAAACCCUCCCUCUCUCUCUCUCUCUCUCUCUCUCUCUCUCUCUUCAAAGCCCCAGCUCCGUCGCCCACCGCCGCAGCGACCGCCACCGCCGCCGCCCAUGGCUUCUUUGUCGAUGGAUUUAGCCACCACCUUCAUGGGCAUCGCGUCUUGGACGCCGAAGUCUCUCUACAGGCUCCGAACCACCGUCUUCCCCGUCGUGGUCAAUGCCAAGGCAAGCCACCAGCUCCGCUCCGUGAGCUACAAGACGCCGCCGUUUGGCUCCAGGGUGGUCGCCGUUCCAAGGUCACGCAGAUUCACGGUGGCCGCCACGGCUACGUCGGUGCCGCAGAGCAACGAGGCCGAUGUCUUGACGAAAAUUCCGCCGGAUAAUCGGGUUCCCGCCACCAUAAUUACUGGAUUCCUGGGCUCUGGAAAGACAACUCUGCUCAACCACAUAUUGACAGCUGAUCAUGGAAAACGCAUUGCGGUAAUUGAGAACGAGUAUGGUGAAGUAGACAUAGACGGUUCUUUAGUUGCUGCAAAAGCUGCUGGUGCUGAAGAUAUAGUAAUGCUUAACAACGGCUGUCUUUGUUGCACUGUAAGGGGCGAUCUUGUGAGGAUGAUUUCUGAGUUGGUCAGUAAGAAGAAAGGGAAAUUUGAUCAUAUUGUAAUAGAGACUACAGGAUUGGCAAACCCAGCACCAAUAAUCCAGACCUUUUAUACUGAGGACCAAAUAUUUAAUGAUGUCAAAUUGGAUGGAGUUGUUACUUUGGUUGAUGCCAAACAUGCUAAUUUUCACCUGGAUGACAUUAAACCAAAAGGUGUUGUGAAUGAGGCAGUUGAACAAAUUGCCUAUGCAGACCGCAUAAUAGUAAACAAGACCGAUCUAGUUGGUGAACCUGAAAUUGCUUCUUUGGUCCAGCGUAUAAAGAACAUAAAUGACAUGGCCCGAUUAAAGCAGACAAAGUUUGGGCAAGUUGACUUGGAUUAUGUUCUUGGUAUUGGAGGCUUUGAUUUGGAAAGAAUUGAGAGUGCCAUCAAUGCUGAAGAGACAAAGGAAGACCAUCAUGACCACAAACAUGAACAUGAGCAUGACCACGACCAUGAUCACCACCACCAUCACGAACACGAUCAUGAGCAUGAGCAUCAUCACCACCAUGAGCAUGAUCACUCCCAUGAUCCUGGUGUAUCUUCUGUCAGCAUCGUUUCUGAGGGGAGCUUAGAUCUUGAGAAGGCAAAUAUAUGGCUUGGCACGUUGUUGUUGGACCGUAGUGAGGAUAUCUAUCGGAUGAAAGGUCUUCUCUCGGUACAGGGCAUGGAUGAGAGAUUUGUAUUCCAGGGAGUUCAUGACAUCUUCCAAGGUUCACCGGACAGGUUGUGGGGCCCAGACGAACCGAGAGUAAACAAGAUAGUAUUCAUCGGGAAGAAUUUGGAUGCACAGGAGUUAGAGAAGGGUUUCAAGGCAUGUUUGCUAUAACAAAGCUGAGAUAGGCCGCUUCGCCUAUUCCUAUCGGUUAAAGGUCCUUUGGCUUUGAGAGAGUUUGAAUGUUCAGCAACUACAGAAGGGCAUGCUUGGAGGUCAAAAUGUAAACAUGAAGAUAUACCUGAGAAAAUCCACCAGCGACUGCGAUUUGUAAAACGACUAUAAUGUCUCUUGACAUUUAGUAUGAAAUGCUCCUUCGAGAA